GCACCUGCGAAAAUGCAAGUGGGAGAAGCCGGGGCGGGUGCCUGCCCCCGCCUCGCGUCCCGUGCCCCCGCGAGGGGCAGCCGCAGCGCCUCGAGCUCCGGGGCAGCCUCGCGGGGGCCCCUGAGCUCCCCGCCCCCGGGCCGGCGCGGCGGAGCUGGGUGCAGACUUGGCCAGCCUGGGCCGGGAGCAGCCAGGAAACGCAAGACGGAUGCUACCACUUACACUUGUUCUAAAGCAAUAUGAAGCACUAGAAAAUUAGCAUGAUAACCUGAGCCUCUUCCAGGGUUGUGAUGGCAUGCCCUAUACUUUGUGAAUACUAACAGACACAAAUGAGGACUAGAGAGAUCCCAGAGUUCUGGAGCCUGUUGUGUGAUGAAUUAUUGUGUUUUUUACUGUCUUUUACUGGACCAAAACUAAAGAAUAAUACAAGACCAGCCCAUUUAUAACUUCAUAUGGACACUCCUCCCCAACCACUCUUGUGAUGAAAUACUUAUAAUACCAAGCUUUCACACUGCAUUUUUCAUUCAUAGAUCUCAAAGUGCUUUACAAGUAGUUCAGUAUCAUUAUCCCCAUUUUACAGGUAUCACCCAGCAGGUCAGUGGCAGAGCCAAGAAUUGAACCCAAGUCUCCUGAGUCCCUGUCCAGUACUCUGAAAGGGGACAUGUCACAAUUAAUUUAUUAUAUUUUAUUAUAAAGGAGGCCUGCACUGUCUGCACAGUAGUGCCCAUCUAGCUUCGUUUUUAUUGUAUCAUGCAUUAUUUCAUUUUAGCUUUGGAAGGUCAUAUCUGAUUUCAGCUCAUUGUCAUUUUUUUAAGGACCCCACAAAUAUUUUGAAGCAAAAUUUCGAAGCAAAAUUAACACAAUUGAGUUUGACACACUGAAUUUUGAAACAAUUUAUCUGGUUUUAGUUAAGGGGACACCAUGACUGGGGAAGAUUUGCUCAAAGACACUACCAGCGUCAAGCCGGAACUGGUUUUACAGCACUGUUUUAAACAAUACAAACUCAGAGAUUUGUAUCCAAAGUUUUUCUUUAAAGUGAAACCAAGUAAAUUUGGACCACCCAAAUCCAGACGUCGCAUUAUUAUCGCACCUCCAAUGGUAAGACCGGCUUCUGAUGGUUCAAAACCCAUUCAGACCACUGCCAUCAAUGAAAAGGAGGAAGCUACGGCCUGGCAAGUGACCCCUGAGGUAGAAAGCUGUCCCCACACUCCGGAAGAACCUUCAGAAGCAAGAGAUGAUCUACUAAAGCUGGAAGCUUGGAUAACGGAAAGGAGAAAGCUCUGCUCUCAAUUGGAUAGCCUUGUGGAUGUUGAAAAAUGGCUACGUCAAAAACUUUGCACCACUGAGCAAGAAGAUAGAGUCCUGGAAAACUUACAAAAAUGCAGAGCAGUGAGGAAGGCUGAAAGGAAGUUAGCUGCGACCAGAAAUCUUGAAAACCUGCUGCCAAAGCACGACCUGCCUCCUCAAAGAAGAGUCAUCCCCCUUAUCAACGCUCCCUAUCCCCAGUCCCUCAUCACACUGCAUAACCUUCUGCACAAACAAAAGCUCAAGAUGGUGGACUUAUUCAGGAAGGCGGAUAAGGACAAGAAGCAAUUCAUGAGAUCAGACUUCAUUAAAGUUAUCAAGGGGGUAUGCAGAAAACAGGCCAAAGUCCCUAUCAGUGACAAUGACCUGGAAGAUGUGAUCAUCUUCCUUACUUCUUCAAAACGUGGGAAUUUUAUAACCAGUGACGAUCUGGUUGAAUGUCAAAAUAUAUGGCUGGAUACAAUGAGAGAUCAGACAAAACAACCUGGGGAGGCAAAAAGAGCAUGUCCCCGAUUUCACACCCGAAAAGCUGUUUCUAAAACUGUUAGUCGUCCAGCAUCUGCUGCUGGCAAAACCAAAGAGACACAGCCACUUGCUCCUAGUGAACCUGGAGCAAAGUUAACACUGUUAGAAGUUCCCCCUUUCAACACCGAACCGGAUCACAGACCUCUAAGCUAUGAGGAAAUGGAGGAAAUUGGGAAGAGAUGCAGAGAGAGGAAACGAUGGGAGAAGGCCAAGGUCAAUCCAAUACAAUGGCUGGAACGCUGUCGACUGGUGAGAUCUGGAAACAAGGCCAUUGAUGAACACUGCUUGCCAUCUACAAUGGAGAGUGAAAUGGGGGAAAUAAUUGAUCAGCAUCGAAGGACCUGCUACAUGGUCUAUCUGCAGUGUCUCAAAUUAUGCAAAGAAUAUAACAUUCCACUUACCGAAAAGGUCCUGGAAAAAGCCCUGCUGUACCCAGGAGACAAAAUAAUCAAAGAAGGAGCAUAUGUGCGGAAGAUCAGACAGCCGGGGGGUCCCUAUACAACAACGGAUGGGAGUCACCAUCAAAGACGACUGCUUUUAAGCAGACAAGGAUUAAGAAAUGCAUUAAAAAGGGACGCCAAAAAUGGAACGCAUGGUACAGGGAUUAAGGGGCGACUACAUGGAAAGCAGAAGGAAUACAGAGGCAGCUGGAUGUCAUUUGAGGAUUAUGAACGGUUAACAAGACGUCUGCACACGAAGUGGUCCAAUCUGGACUACAAGUCUCACGACAAUAACUUCUGGCCAGGUCACCUUCUGGACAAGCUGCGUAUUUACCUCCCACAGAUAGCGCCUAAUCAGGAGCAUGCCCUGUUCAGCUAUGUUCAGCCAACACCACCUGUCUAUCCUGGCGUCUACAACCCACACCGCAGCUGGCCAAUCAGUGACCAGGGAUACGUGACCUAUGGAAAUACUGAGACUCAAAAGUAUUGAUGUUGUCUGGGACAGUAAUGCUAUGCAUAAUGAAAGCUUUGUGAUCCCUCAGUCACCUCCGUGGACUUAGGCCACCAUCAUAAGCAAAAUAAAGCUAUCAAAGUACGCAUUCCCAAAGUUAUGGGGGACUUGACAGA